GUCUGUAAAACGUUGAGGUGUAGCAUUAAACGUGAUAUUCCCUUGCAGAAAGUGGACAUUUCUUGAUGUAUAAGUAAGCAAUGGCUUUAUUAAGUCGUUUCGCUACCAACAGAAUACGUCUGCUCCACUAACCCAGCAGUGUAAUGAGUAGGUGCGCCGCGUUACGUCUCCAUACACCGCCACGAGCCACGCCCACUCUGCUGCUCCAGCCUCCCGCCUGCUGCUGUCGUUCUGCUCUCAGACUCCUUUUCCACCUACCGUUCUUGUUUAAUGAUGGCGUUGAGUGAGAGAAGUAAUGAGGAGAUCAGCAAGUUACUUGCUGAGUAUGGCAUUAAACAUGGACCCAUAGUAGACUCAACUCGAAAGUUGUAUGAGAAGAAGCUUGAAACGGCCAUGAAGAGUUCUCCAGGCAAAGCGUCCUCUGAUAAGACCUUCUACAGAGAGGAAGAGGAGGAAGUUACCUACAUCACAUACCGCAAUCCGGUUCGGCAUGACAGUCGGGCGGACAUGGUGAAGCGUAGAGGGUUCAUUGAGCCAGAUGAAGACGAGGAGCUGGACCAAGAUACAGAGCCCCCAGUCCAGAUGACUAGCAGAAUGGCCAAUCACAGCGCAGUGCGAUCCAGGGAGCCGGUCAGGAAGUCUGGAGGCAGCAUGUGGAAGGUGAUUCGGCUGCUGCUGCUGUUAGCAGUGGUAGCAGCUGUCAUCUACUACGCCUACUGCUGCAUGAUGAACAGUGAAGCAAGCUCUUCUGUGGUUCAAUGAUCUGAUCUGUUGUAACAGCACCAGAAUUUGUUUUCCAUUUGCCCUUUUUCUCCAUCAAUGUCUUAGUGGAGAUGACUGGGUUUUUUUUCCUCAUUCCAGUACACGGUGUGUGUCCCCCACUGUGAACCCUAGAAAUAGUAAGAAUAUUACAUUCCAUGACCUUUUAAAGGCUGCAGAUAUUUUAUAUUUCGUAGUCAUCAAAUCCCGUGAAAUGAUCAUGACCAGACACACAGUUUAUCUUAUUCUUCUGUGCCAUAGAGCUCACACACACAUAAUUGAGUGACAUUGUUGCACUGGGUGACAUGUUGCUUCAUUACCACAAACACACACACUAAUUUAUUACACUGACACUAGGUACAGCACCAAAUGUGGAUUAUUCCGCCACUGAAAAUAGUCCCCCAACAAAUGCACUAUUUCCUCUUGUUCAAGUAAUUGAAGCUGAAACCAGUAUACCCGGCUGUUAUACUGAGCCAUGAAGGAUUUCUGUCUUCGGUAGGAACUAAUGGGCUUUGGGCAGAGCCACAGUCAGAAGGUAAGACAGACAAGCACAUGGUUAAUCUGGUCGUGGAUUUGGUCUUGGGAUUUGUUGACAAUAAGAAAAUAAAGAAUAACACUAUCCCUUGUA